UGACUGAAGAAAAUUGCACUUGUUGUGUCCUUUUCCAUUCUCAGUUAAGUCCUUUCCAUCCUCAGCUCUAAGUAAAAAUAAAAGGCUGAUUUGAGAGGUAGGCUAUUUGCAGUUUCAUAAAAUACCAUGAACCAAAUACUUUUUUAUUUGUCUAUCAGUAUUUAAUAUGCAGCUGGUCCCCUUUGUAAGUGUAAUUGCAUCUGGAAUUUCGGAACGUUUCCAUUUUUAUUUGUUUCACAGCUAUCUACGGCUCAAAUAGAGGUUUUACAUAAUAAAUACAAAGUUUAGCCUUGUCAGCUACGUGAGUUAAUAUGCAAAAUAGUGUGUGGUGUGUAUUUUGUAAUGGCCUUCUCAAAAGUUGUAGAACACUGAAAUUAAAUACGCGCCUAGUCUAUUGAUGACUGUUAAAGAAUGCUCAUAUUUGCUUUUACACGAAAUUAGAGAACUUUUAUUAUGAAAUAUGUACCCAGUUGUUAUUGACCCGGAAGUGAAAUCUGUGCUUAUUCAGUGGUUGGUGGGUUUGUUUUCUUAGGCCGAAUAAUUUAUGUUAAUAAUUAAACAAUAACUACAGGUGAACAGCAAACAGAAACACCUCCCUAUUUCGUGGUUAGCUCACCCCAGGGAUGAGCGCACAGAUGGAGCGCCCCGCGAUCCAUGUGGACCAGUCCGAGUUGCUGUGCAAGAAAGGAUGCGGUUUCUACGGCAACGCGGCCUGCCAGGGGCUGUGCUCCAAGUGCUGGCGAGAGGAGAACCAGCAAUCGCGGCAGAAGCAGAUCCAGGACGACUGGGCCCUGGCAGCACGACUGCAGAAGGAAGAGGAGGCUGCUUACGCCAGUCACCAGGGGUCCCAGCCCCAGCCCCAGCCCCAGCCCCAGCCCCAGCCCCAGUCCCACUCCUCCAUAUCCCCCUUCUCCAAAUUUGAGGACAAGAAGACCAAUGAGAAGUCACGCAAGGUCACCACAGUCAAGAAGUUCUUCAGUCCCUCAGCCAGGAUGCAACCAAAGAAAGACUCCGGGCAUCCAGACACUCCGUCCCCCGGCUCCAGCCGGAUCAGCGCCGAGAUGGACCGGGCCACCCACGAGUUCAUCGACUUCCUCAAGACCCUGCAGAAGCCCGGCCGCGAGAUCUUCAAGCAGUGUCGCGCCUUCACCGAGAGCAUGGCCUACAAGAGGGACAUGAGCGCUGAGGAUCAGUCCGAGUGUGUCCAGGACUUCUACCAGAACCUGUCCGACAAGCUGCACGCUCAUUACAAAGGAGCCACAGAGCGAGUGGAGCUGGUCAUGGACGAGGUGGAGAAGUACAUGAUGAACCGGCUCUAUGAAGACUGCUUCUGCCCCGAGACCACGGAUGACGAGAAGAAAGACUUGGUCAUCCAGAAGAGAAUCAGGGCGUUACACUGGGUGACUAUUAACAUGCUGGCAGCGCCCGUGAAUGAGGAGAUUCCUGCUGUGUCUGAUAAUGUGGUGAAAGCCAUCACAGCCGUCAUUGAGGUGGACUCCAAGCGGGUCCCGCGUGAGAAGCUGACCUGCGUGACCACGUGCAGCAAGCACAUCUUCAACGCCAUCAAGAUCACCAAGAACGAGGCGGCCUCGGCCGACGACUUCCUGCCCACGCUCAUCUACAUCGUGCUGAAGGCCAACCCCCCUCGGCUGCACUCCAACAUCCAGUACAUCACACGCUACAGCAACCCCGGCAGGCUCAUGCAAGGGGAGGACGGCUACUACUUUACUAACCUGUGCUGUGCAGUGGCCUUCAUCGAGAAGCUGGACGGCAAGUCCCUGAACCUGAGCCAGGAGGAGUUUGAGCUCUACAUGUCGGGCCAGGCGUCCCCACAGAAGCCCCUGAGCCCCUCCGCAGGGGGCCCCCCCUCUGGCUCGGGUUCGGCCAUGGCGGAACAGGCGCACCAGAGCCUGGACCUGCUGACGGGGCUGGGCGCACGGCAGGAGAAAGUUCUGGAAGGCGCGCGGCGUCUGGAGCGGGACCUGAUCGACUGGUGUGACGGGGUGGAGCACGGCGUCCAGGACGUGCUGGAGCGGUUCCCGCUGGAGGGUGGAGCGGCGGCGGCACCGGCACCGGCACCAGCACCGGCUGACCCGACGGCCAUUGACUCAGACAACGUGGAGAACGAUAAGCUGCCAGCCCCACUCCAGCCGCAGCUGUUUGCCAGAUAGCUCACCACAAAAGCUAACGCUAACUUUAGCCCCAGAACCUGGUCCAAAACCUCCACAUCAGCCCCCUUGGGCUCAGAGACCUCUCCCACCAUAGGGCACCCACAGGGAGACACUCUGAGUGGGGCUCAGCCUGUCACCCGCUCAUCUGCCCCCAUGCUUGUCCUCCUGUGUGCUUAGAGAGUCAGCAGCCCCUUUGCUAGGGAUAGUCUUGGGCUCUCAUAGAAGAGACAAACACAUGUUCAUACACACACUCUCUCCCACACACGCACCCUCUCCAAAUGAAGACUCUACAGCUAUACCUCCCCUCCCCCAAACUCAGAAAGGCUCCACAUCGCUCGAUGACCCUGACUCUGUCCAAAUGCCCCUACCACACACACACACACACACACACACACACACACACGCACACACACCAAGACAUGCAGUCACUUUGUCACAAACACACCCCAUGAACACUGGCUUUCAUACAGAAGGUUCUCUCAGUUUUGGGACUUAUGAACAAGGAAGGUUUUUCCACGGUUUGUGCACUUCCCAGAAUGCACUGGGCUUAGAUCACUCUUUUCAAAGGUAACACGGGUGUGCUAUUUUACAGCGCAGUUGAAGAGGACACAUAGACCCUUCUAGAACAGCUCGAAGACACAUAGACCGUUCUAGAACAGCUCGAGGACACAUAGACCGUUCUAGAACAGCUCGAGGACACAUAGACCGUUCUAGAACAGCUUGAGGACACAUAGACCGUUCUAGAACAGCUUGAGGACACAUAGACCGUUCUAGAACAGCUUGAGGACACAUAGGCCGUUCUAGAACAGCUUGCCAGGCCAGUCCCAGCUUUUUCAGCUUGUAUGAUUAUUUAACAGGACCCUACAGCUACAGUAAACAGUGGCUGAUUAUAUUAUAUUAUAUUAUAUUCCGUGGGCUGUUGGGUAAGGCAGUGCUUUUCUACCUCCAUCCAUAGGGCACAACUUAAUUUCCGUCCUUGCAGGAAAAUGUUGCCAAAUCCUUCUGACAUGAAUGCAUAGUGUGUGCGUGAACUGUCUAGUGGUAUUUCAGUUUGCAGCCCAGAGAUCCAUGUAGUGCUUCCCUUUUUAAGUGGCCCCAUGUAAUUAUGUACCAUCUCCUCACAGCAAAGUCUAGAUGAGGUGGAAUGAGGUUUUUUUUAAUCAGAAAAAAAAACCAUCCUGUUGACCCCAGAUGCGACCAUUAUCAUAAGCAUGACUGCAUUUUGUUUUAUGAGUCUGAUGUUAGGCUCAGGUGAAAUAUAUUGUGACUGACAAGUCGCUGUCUGACAUUGAAUUAGACAGAAGAGAGAAGGAGCACGCCACAUAGAAUCAUCUGAUCUAAACUCAGAAAUCUAGAAAUCAGCUUUCUGUGGAAAGCAGUGUGUAACUAGCAUGUUUUCAAAUGAACAUGAGAACCAAUGGCUUUCAAUAACAAACAACAACAAAAACAAAAUGGCAGCGUCUGCUCCGGGUCCAGCACAGUUCAGACUCAACAGCAGCUGCAACUGAGCUAUCCGUUAUGAAAUGAAUACUAACUGUUCUGGGGGUUUCUCUGGGAGAAGUUGGUAACACUUUACUUAAACUUUACAUAAGGCUGACAUAACCUUGUCCUAAACAUGUCAUGAUGGAUGUCUUGUCACUGUCACUGUUAGGCUGUUUUGGAAUCUAAACUUCUGAGAGCUGUCAUGACCGAUAAUGAUACAGUCACUGUCUCUGAGAGUGUUUCAUUGGACACUGACUAAACACUGGCAUGGUAUCUGUCUUAUAACGUAUAAAUGUUUAUGACAUGCUUAUGUCACUGUUAUGAAGGCAGGUUUAAGCAAAGUGUUACAGACAGGUCUUUGGUAUUAGUUAGUAUUAGUAUAUUUUAGACUGUUGUUACUGCGUUUAUUUAUUUACAGUAAUGACUUCAUGUAUCAGGUAUUUAAGCACAUCGGAGUAAUUCUUGCAUUUCUUUUCUGAAUUUCUUGGUUUGUUUCAGCCAUCAUGCCUCAUAUAAUUUCUUCAUUUUAGAGUGGGGGUUGAACGUUUCUAAUGGUCUCUCUUUUUUACCCAGGUAACCCAUGAUUUAUUGGUAUGAUCUUGCCACUCAUAGACACAUUUUUGACAUUUAUUUUAUUUCAAAGCCUUGUUUAAGUUUGCAGUGUGCUUAGGUAUGGGUCAAGUCACAAUUAUGUCCCUGUACAUUGUAAUUAAUGGCAGACAAUGAUCUAUAUGACAUUUCCCAUUGAUUAAAUAAUGUGAUUUGUCUUCGAAGUAUUUAAAUAACAGUGGGUCAUGUGUCAAGCACAGUACUUGUAAUGUUUAUAGUGGUCAUUAGUUGUAUUUAUGAAUUGCAUUGAGAUGAAUAAAAGCUAUGAAAACCUCUGCUCUUAUAA